AGUUGGUGAGAGGUCGAGAGAAGGUGGGGAAGAAAAUCAACCAGAGCUUCCUUUCUUUUUUAAUAGUCCUGUUAAAAAAAAAAAAAAAGGAAGAAGGGGAGUACGGUGAGGGCUCAGUGGGGACCGGCGCGACCUCCGGGGGCAGACUUACUGCAUUUAACAACCCAGGCCUCACUCUUCCUUCCCAUAUGAGCUGUUGGGCUUCUUCUUCUUCACAUAGAGUGUUAUUGCUGCAGAAGUCUCCAGCCAACCGCUGGCGACACCCCCCACUUCCUAGUCCUUGCUGCACUAUCAUUCUCUGCUCUGUUCCUUUUCUUCCCAGGUGGCCGACCUUGAGGCCUCCGAUGGCAUAUUCAGUCGGAAUGAAGGCUCCCAUAAUCUCUGAUCACUAUCUCCGGCACGUCGAGUCCAUGUCCGUCUUGCCAUCCGGCGCAGGCAAAAUCUCGCAGCUCAACGCAGUCGUCCUUGGGGAGUCGCUCGCUUCCGAGGAGAACGACCUCGUCUUCCCCAGUCCCCAGUUCACCAAAAACGCUCUCGUCUCCUCCCCGGAGCAGUACAUGGAAAUGUACACGAGGUCGAUCGAGGAUCCGGCGGGCUUCUGGUUGGAGAUCGCGUCAGAGUUCUACUGGAAGGUGAAGUGGGACAAGGAAGUCUUCUCGGAGAAUCUGGAUUGGCGCAAGGGAAAAGUAAAUAUCGAGUGGUUCAAAGGAGGUAAAACAAACAUAUGCUACAAUGCUUUGGAUCGUCAGAUUGAGUCAGGGAAAGGUGGCAAUGUAGCAUUGUUGUGGGAAGGAAACGACCCUGGCCAAGAUGGGUCUAUGACUUACAGUGAAAUGCUGGAGAAGGUCUGCCAGCUCUCAAACUUCUUCAAGGAUGUUGGUGUCAGGAAGGGAGAUGCAGUAGUUAUUUAUUUGCCUAUGCUUAUGGAAUUGCCAAUAGCAAUGUUGGCCUGUGCUCGCAUUGGAGCUGUUCAUUCAGUUGUAUUUGCUGGAUUUUCUGUGGAAUCUCUUGCCCAAAGGAUAAUUGAUUGCAAACCGAAAGUUGUGAUAACCUGUAACGCUGUUCGUCGUGGCUCUAAAACCAUAUAUCUGAAAGAUAUAGUUGAUCAUGCUCUUCAGGAAUCAGCUAACAAAGGAGUAUCUGUUGACAUAUGCUUGACUUAUGAGAAUCAAUCUGCAAUGACUAGAGAUGCAACAAAAUGGCACAAGGGAAGAGAUAUAUGGUGGCAGGAUAAAAUUCCAGAUUAUGCAACUGAAUGUUCAGUGGAGUGGGUUGACUCAGAGCAUCCACUUUUUCUUUUAUAUACUAGUGGAAGCACUGGAAAGCCCAAGGGUGUUCUUCACACGACUGGAGGCUAUAUGAUAUAUACUGCAACAACAUUCAAAUAUGCAUUUGACUACAAACCCACAGAUAUAUACUGGUGCACUGCUGAUUGUGGUUGGAUCACUGGACACAGCUACGUCACAUAUGGUCCUUUGUUGAAUGGGGCUACUGUAGUUCUGUUUGAAGGGGCACCAAAUUAUCCACAUGCAGGACGCUGUUGGGAAAUUGUUGAUAAGUAUAAGGUGACGAUAUUCUACACCGCCCCCACUCUUGUGAGGUCCCUUAUGCGGGAAGGUGAUGAGUUUGUUAAUCGCUAUUCACGAAAAUCCUUGAGAGUUCUUGGAAGUGUUGGAGAACCGAUUAAUCCAAGUGCAUGGAGAUGGUUUUUUAAUAUUGUUGGAAAUGCACGCUGUCCAAUAUCAGAUACAUGGUGGCAAACAGAAACGGGUGGCUUUAUGAUUUUGCCUUUGCCUGGUGCAUGGCCUCAAAAGCCAGGUUCUGCAACAUUUCCCUUUUUUGGUGUACAGCCUGUCAUAGUGGAUGAGAAAGGGAAUGAAAUUGAAGGUGAAUGCAGUGGUUACUUGUGUGUGAAAAGCUCAUGGCCUGGUGCUUUCAGAACUUUAUAUGGUGACCAUGACAGAUAUGAAACAACCUACUUUAAGCCCUUCCCUGGCUAUUAUUUCACAGGCGAUGGUUGUAGUAGGGACAAGGAUGGCUACUAUUGGCUGACUGGAAGGGUAGAUGAUGUGAUUAACGUGAGUGGACACCGUAUUGGCACCGCAGAAGUAGAAUCUGCUCUUGUUUCGCACCCACAAUGUGCAGAAGCUGCUGUCGUUGGAGUGGAGCAUGAAGUCAAAGGACAGGGUUUAUAUGCUUUUGUUACCUUAGUGGAUGGUGUUCCAUACAGUGAAGAGCUUCAGAAAAGUCUGAUAAUGACUGUUCGAAAUCAGAUUGGAGCAUUUGCUGCACCGGACAAAAUACAUUGGGCCCCAGGUCUACCAAAGACACGUAGUGGAAAGAUCAUGAGAAGGGUUCUGAGAAAGAUAGCUUCAAGGCAGUUCGAUGAACUUGGCGACACCAGCACACUUGCUGACCCAGGCAUUGUAAAGCAGUUGAUUGCACUGGCCGACUGUUGAGUCGGCGCUGUGCCUUUUCCAUAUUUUCUUAUUAAUUCUCGGAUGAUAAUCGGGUUGUACUACGUGGUGUAUUUGCUUUCUUUAAUGAAAAGCGGGGAAACAAUGGUCAAUUUCGUGGUUGACGGCAUUGUGUUCCCUUCGGAUUUACUAUUCA